UUUGCAUGAUAAAAAGCAUUUUUCUUUGAACGUUAGUGCUAGUUUGAUAGGCGCUGUUUGUUUCCUGCAUGAACAAUGUGCAGCUCUGUGAAACUGAAUGUCGCACUUUAUUAGAUCUACAGAGAAAACAUUGACAAACUAGCUUUCUAAGAAGGAUGUCUUUGACAAUGCAGCACGCCAUCAACCAAAUAGUGGAGGAGCUCAGUCCGGAGGAGUGUAAACGUUUGUCGUACCUGUGUAGGGAAUUUCACAGUGAGCGAUGCACCACCAACAUAAAAGAAAUGCUUCAGUCAUGCAUUGACCAGGGGAAAAAUCCUCAGCCCUUUCUGAUAGAGCUGAUGCUCAGGAUGAGGCGAUAUGAUUUACUCUACAACGUGCUAGGCAUCAGAAGGAAAGACGCGGAGCUGUUCUUGGAAAACGGUCGUGCUGUGUCAGAGUACAGGGUACUAAUGGCUGACUUGAGCGAGGACUUCGGAUCGGACGAUUUGAGCUCGUUAAUUUUCCUGCUCAGAGGAACCCUUCCUAAAGAGAAAGUGGAAAAAUGUGAGUGUUUCCUGGAUGUGGUUGUGGAAUUAGAGAAGUUGGAUCAGAUCUCCAGCACCAGGAUGGAAGUGAUGGAGAAAUACCUGAUAGCCAUCCACCGUGUCGACCUGGCCAAGAGACUCAGUCAGUACCAGAACAAAGCUGGAACACGAAGCCCUGCCACAGUAAAGCCAAGAGACGAGCGUCAGUCUCAGUGUAGAGCUGCAACGAACUGCAAACCAGCACACACCAACUCUAUACCCUUACCACCUAUUUCCCCUCUAACUCACACUUCGGCUGCAUUUCCCCCCGAACUCGGCUGCACCAGGAAGCCCACCACAGCCUGCAUUAACACCAAAGAACUGCCGUGUCUCUCACCCAGAAGACCCAGAGAGCAGUGGCAGGAGGAUGUGUACCGGAUGCAUUGCAAGCCUCGUGGAUUGUGUCUGAUCAUAGACUGUGUUGGCAAUGAAGGAGCCCAUCUUGAGCAGUUAUUUUCAAAACUUCACUUCCGCGUGAUCCAUCACAUGUUACUGAGUGUCAGAGACAUCCGUUCCUGCCUGUACCACAUCUCCAGACAGACCGAACAUUCCAAAAUGGACGCCUUCGUCUGCUGCAUCAUCAGCCGUUCCUGCUCAUCCCAGCUACUUGGCACCGACCUAUACACCCCGGGAAUUGACCUGAACGACGUCCGACAAUUUUUCGCGCCUGAAUCCUGCCCGGGAUUGACAGGAAAACCCAAACUCUUCUUUAUCCAAAGCUAUGAAACUUCAGAGUCCUCAAACGUCAUAGGUUUCACAGAUUACCAGGACGGAGAGCUGGAGACAGACAGCCCUUUUCAAUACCGCUUCAGGAGGGAGGUCGUGCCGGAGGACGCAGAUGUAUUCUGGAGUCACUGCUGGACUAAUGACAAGCAGCUUGAGGAGAAUAGUCAUCACUCGGUGUAUUUACAGUCCCUGAAAGAGGCUUUACUCGAUGGACAGAAGAGGAGGAUUCAUCUGGUUGACCUUCACAUGGCAGUGAAUCGAGCAGUGUAUGCUCAUAACAGCAGCCAACCAGGAUUAACGUAUCACAUCAACCUCAGACACACGCUGCGCAAAAGCGCCUAUCUCACCUGAGUAUCAUAUUCAUAUAUGAGGAACAAGACUGCGUAUUAUUUUGAUCCAAACACGAAGUCCAUCCACACGAGGGCGCUGUAGUAAUAUUAUUUUUAUAAUUAUUUUUCAAGCAACUAAGUUAUUGAAUUCCUAGCAUUUCAACAAAAUGGCAGCAUGUAAAUUUUUUAUUUUUUUUUUAUUUUAUUUAUUUAUUUAUUAUUUUUAAUAAAUGAAUUAUGUUUAUUGUU